UGUGAGAAUUUUUUUAUUUCAAUACAUAGAAAGGCUGAAGGUGAUCAGUGGCGUUGUCCACAGGACCGGACUCCUCUUCCAAGAAAUGGAGGGGUAAGUAACUAAAGAGGUAAAAAAUCUAAUAUAGUACAUCUUUUGUUGUUAAAGUGCUCUUAGGCAACAAUGACAGCAGCAAUGGCAAAAAGAAUGUAAAAAAAAGCAAUUUAUGUCUCCUUUCACAAAUGCCUAUAAAAACCAAAUCAAAGCUUAUAACACCUGCAACAGUCAAGUUUUGUUUGUUAGAGCACAAGUAGAAAUGAACCAAACAGCAUAUGUUGGGAUAAAAACUUUGGCCAUGCAUUUACUGGUAUUUAAUUAACUAAAAUUCCUUGAAAUGCAAAAUAAAGGUAACCAUUUUAAGCUCCUAGCGAAGGUGAGGGCCCAGGAAAAGAAAAAUUAUUUUCACAAACGUUAUAAUGAAACAAUGGAGUAAAAAAGGAGGAGGAGGCAGGUUGAUUGCUUGUAAGAUCUGAAGUUUGAAGCUUGCAGACUGAGAGGGCUGAUUGAACGAUACACCUCAUUUUUAUCUUCCUCAAAAAGCAUAAGAUUGAGACUAUGUAAUAAUUCUACUGAAGGCGAUCGUGAACCUACCGGUAUGCACGGCUUGUAUUCCAUUGUCAUUAAAAUCUCCUGACUAUCUUGUGAUUAUAAAUGCUUAACUUCUUGUCCAUAUCCAAGGCUGCCCAUUCCUCUCAUUUUAACUAAAUAGCCAUAAACUCACUUAAAAAACCCAAAAUGUAGGUAACUAAAUAUACACUUUAACAGGAAAACAUAUAUUUAUUUACUUUCUGGAAAAUAAGUCCAUUUAUUUAAUCAGCAAAAUAUAAGCUCUGCAUGUGCAGCACACUAAUGGUGAAUUUCUUUGCUGACACUGCAUGAUCAAUUUCAUCUUAAUUUCUUUCUUAUCAACCCAUAUUUUAUUAACCCAUGUUUUAUCAAUCCAGUCCAGUUCCUGUUUUAUCAUAUGCUGAAGUUGUUGCCAGCCUGCGGACACAAAAAGAAGUUCUUGAGCGUGCAUUUUUUGGCCUGAGUGUACUGUACAAAGUACAGACUGUAAUGUCCUGACUGUAAUUCCUCCAUAUAAAGGAUGUUUGCAAAUUAAUGUACAGUUGUGAAUAUUUCAGGACCAAACCAAAGUUUAUGGUUUUUUUUUCUAUCCCAAACCAUCUCCUUCAUAGAAAUUGACAACCUUAUCAAGAACCUACUUAUGCUACUGCUAAUAAAACUAUCCCCAAAUACAAGAACCUUGAUUUUUGCCAGACUUCAAAAAAUGUUGGUUCUUACUGUAUUACUUGCCACUUUUCUACAUGUACAUGCAGCUGCUAUAAAUGAAGUGGUGUAAAGACACAUCAAAUUACUUUUUUACUACAUGUACCUUAUUGCAAAAUUGGUUCAGAGUUAUUGUUUAUAGACUAAAAUCAUCUGCUCUUAGCUAGUUAUUGUUAAUUAAUGUUGGAUAGCUCUAUGAAUAAAUCACUAUCCAGUGGAUAAGUUUUAAUUCAAUUACGCUAUUCACUGGAUAGAGAUUAAAUUUAUCUCGUGGCCGAUUAAAUAGAGAAUAAUACGUGGUCGCAUGGAGAUAUGGAAUUUAUCUUCGAGUGUUCACAUCGAUAUCGAACAAGUGAGCGCAGCGAACGAGUGAGAUAUCGAAUGUGAACACGAGAAGAUAAAUUCCAUAUCUCCAAGCGUCCAUGUAUUAUUCUGUUUAUUAUAUAAACAUACUGAUGACGGCGUUUUUGAUGAUUUUCCGAAGAUUUCCGACCACCUUCCGAAGAUUUCCGAAGAUUUUUCAAAUUGUCCCGAAGACCAGACGAACGUUCCCGAACAUUUUCCGAGAAUUUCCGAAGAUUUCCGAAGAUUGCCGAGCACUUUCGAGGAAGACCCGAAGAUGUUUCGAUGAUACACCAACGAAUUUAAGUACAAUUUAAGAGACAAACCUGAUGUCAGUGAAAUUAUCGAUAUCUUCACAUGUAAAAAUAUCGUAUUUUUACGUGUGUUCAGAUACCACAUUUCUCGGUGGUAGAAAUCCUUGUAAAACACUGCAGUUUAUAUAAUAAGCAUUUAUAUCCACCUUUCGAACUUCUGGGCCCUGGUUCACCUGUAGCUAAUAAUUUGAUUCAAUAUUGUCAGCAUAGCAAUCCGUUUACAUUGUUUUAAAGUGAAAAUAAGCAAACUGUCCAGUUAAACGCAUUCACCCCAAAACUGCCUGUAACUGUCCGUUCAGAUCCACACCCUUGUACUCAUGCUUCUGAUUUCAUCAGUUUUAACGGUCUUUCAAUACAUACGUAAACAUGCGUGCAGCUUUUGACAUCUACCUUGUGAAAGAGGAAGAGAUCUUUCUAUAAACCAAUUACAGUGUCAGAAUGAGAACCUGCAACCUUGCAAUUCUGUGAAAAAUCGUUAAUUUUGCAGUUGACAAUCAAUUAAGAACUGUUAAAAAUCUAAAGUAUCACGAAAAAUUUGUCGACUUUAUGAUUUUUCAAAAUUUUUGAAAAUGUGGUGGAACAAUCUUUUAAUGGAGAUGUAUGAAGCGUUCAUUUUCAGUGGUUUCAUGUUUAGAUUAAGUUUUGGUGCUGAUGUUCUUCUUCCUAGCAAAAUUGCGGUUCAUCUGUAUAGAAAUGAUAACAACAAGACUAGGUUUGUUCCUUGUGAAUGACUUGGCGAUAUCUAUUUGAAUAAACCUUUCUAGUUUCAACACCAAACAGCUAGAAAGUACACAUUCCUUUCACACUAAGUUAUGCCUGCAUUAAAUGACGCGCUUUAGGAGUUAAUAAGUAAGCGAACUACGUGAUUGCCCAAUUUGGAAAUAACGGGAUUCACCAAUAGUUUCUUUGACAGCCAAUUUGGACUCCGCCUAACAACCUCAUCAAAGUUUCGGCUGUCCUUGGAAUUUUAUUCAUGCAAUUGAUAUUUUAAAAGUGGAUAACAUGUAGUCCUAUUACAUACACUAACUGUCCUAUAUUCACAGUUCUUUCCAGAUGAGGCCUGGAAAAGGACCAUACUGUCUCUUAACAUAAAAUGCAAGCAAAAUGACAAAGGGUGUGACUGGACUGGAGAACUCAGGGAAUAUGAGGUGACAAGUUCAUAAUAAUAACUUAUAAUCCCUGUAUUUCUCCUUAAACUAUUUUGGUGGUGUUUUCAUGGGUUAAUCAAUAAAAAUUAGCAUAUCACUUUUACUAAAAUGCAAGAUAUGUGAUUGCAAAUUUCUCUUGCCUUUUUAACCCAGUGCGACUACAUGUACGUCUCCACAAUUGUUGGAGUCCCUUUUAAAAUUAUGUGGUCUUUCCAUACUACAUGCAUGUGAAUGAAAUAUCAUAGUCUUAUAUAUUUAAAAUGGCAAUCAUAUGCCUUGUGCUCAUAGAUCCAGAUCCCAAAAGCACGAACCCCAUUGUGAGUUAAACAUUGGACUGUCUAACAACAGACCACAGAAACAUCAAGUAUUUGACGUGAUCACGUGAGCUGACCACGGUGGACGUGAAUCUUGGUGCUUCGUAACUUUCUUUAUUUCCUUUCGUUUUUCUCUUCCCUUCCCUUCUUUUCUUUAUUUCUUUUCUAUUUAAGUGUGUGAGUGUUUGUGUGUUAUUUCUUAUAACCAUUUAUUGUAAAUAUAAUUGUAAACUAUUAUUGUCCCGCCUAGAAUGGCACUUUUGCUAAUUGUGUGGACAAGGCAGCUGUAACUUGUUGCAUGAAAUUCAUUAAAGAUUGUUGUUGCUUUUUUAUUGUAAUCCUUGUUUACUUUUUGCCCUUACAAUAAUAUCGAUUGGUGGUCUUUUGUGAUGUCCAUCACUUUUUAAUAUUUACACAUUCACUACUUACUUAUGUUCCAGAACCACAAUUCUAUAUGCCAGUAUGUCUGUGUUCCUUGUUGGGACUGUGAAGAAAUCAUGGAGAGGAGGGCUCUGGACGUUCACAAGACAUUUGCAUGUGUUGAAAGGAUGGUAUUUUGUCAUUAUUGUGAUAAGCAUUUUCCUUUCCGCAUUCUAAAGGUACAGUGUAGAUGUAAAUCUGUCUUGUGACAAUAAACCUACCCUGAGCAGAUUCAUGAAAUUGAAAUUCAAGGUCAGUUUUACUUGGGAUAUAGAAAAUGAAGUGCAUAUGACAUGACGAAGUUCCAACAAUCUCAAUUUUCCUUCUUGAUGUUAGUUUACAACUGACUAACGUUGUCUGAGUGUAGACCAGCGCGAAAAUAACUGUCGGUCUGACCAAUAUACAUUUGCCCCCUACCUGUUGACGGACAUCAGAUGGCCAGAUAAAAUGUAAAUGUAACUCUUGACAACUGAAGACUGGUGUAGUACUAAAAGAAUUCUUAACAUAAUUCGUCCGACAACUUUUCUAAACAAGGAAAGUCUUUUGGAGGCCUUUAUAAGGAGUAUAUAAUUAUUUGGAGACCUUUGAAGGGAGUAGUUGACUAAACAAGGAUAUAUAAAGCACGACAGUCACAUAUAUUUUUAAAAAAUCGAGGGAGCCAUUCCCGAGAAUUACCUUUAGCCUCGUUUUCAUAGCGAGUCCUGGUGCUUAUUCUUUCAUGGGAAAAAGUUUUUACUGAUUCACACACAAGUUGAACUCCCACAUACGGUGGCUUAGAGCAACUCGGAAAUAGAUUGUGACCAAAUAUCACUACAUAGUACACCGUGUUAUUCUCAUUUCCCUUAUAUACAGGUAAUCCUGGUGGUAUAGGGUAGAGAAGAGUGCCGUCACAAAAAUUCGAAUUUGCGAAAUUAUGGGAUUGGUUGGUAUAUUCAGAAAGAACAAGAAGAAAAUUGUUCACUUGCUAAAAAACAACCUGUUACUGAAAAUUGGUGGGGAGAUAUAAGCAACGUUUAAUAUGGUCUUAUUAUUGCGUACAAAUCCUAUAAAAUGUGACCUGGAUCGUACGAGUUAGGAUCAAGGCCAGUUUCAGAAGGAUUUGUAUGGAAUCAUCAGAGAAUAACGUCGCAUAUAUAUCACCGUUGAUUUUUGGCAAACGAGCAUUUCUCAGUCUUUUUUCUUUCUGACCAUCUCACCCAAUCGCAUAAUUUUAUUAAUUUAUUAACAUCCCCAGCGGCGAAGAGCGAGAAGAAACGGAUGUUUUCGCAGGCUAGUAAAAUAUGGUAAGUGAAAAUGAAGAGGAAAAAAAAUACUAAAUUGUUAAAUAUCAUUUAACAGGUUCAUCAGGAUAAAGAUUGCCCUCUCUUUCCUCUCCGUUGUCCACAGAAAUGUGAAAAGGAAGAGAUACCUAGACAAGAGGUAGUAGUUUAUAAAAACGCAUGAAGUUGGUACAUGUAUCUAGUUGCGGAUGCGGGGGUUGGUUAGUUGGGGAGGGGGGAUCUUCACACAUGAAAAGCACUAUUACGCCCUUGACCGACGGUUUUUAGAUCUUACCGGUUUUUUACUCCUAUGCGACCUUCGACAUCAACACCACUUGAAAACAGGUUUCUGUCUCUCCUGGGAUGCAGUAGAUAGGGUGCAGCGCAGCUACUGUAGCAGUUUGAACCCUUUUUUUUCCCCACCCCUUAAUAAAAAUAAAUGGACCACGCGGACGUUACUCACCCCCGAAAGGUUGGAAAUCUCCGAAAUGUUAGCGCUUAAGGAAUACAACCUUUUAUCUCUAAAUAACUUAUGCAAGCUUUGGACUGCAGAUGGACGCUCAUUUAAAAAAUGACUGCCCGUUGACAAAGAUACCCUGCCCGUUCCAAAUCUGUGGAUGCUCUGUCCAGGUAAGUUAGAAAAAUUUAGACUGGGAAUAUUUUUCAUUUGUUCCAUACGUUUGUAUUAAUAAAUAGCAGUUUUGAGUGAGUGUUGGUCCCAGUUUAGUAUCAAGGAGUAUUCACAAAUAUUCGUAUUCUUUAAUCCGCAAAUUUUUUUCUUUGCGGAUCGACAUUUCGUCCUCCAAUACUUGAUAAAACGGUCACCAAAGCCGCAUUAAAAUAAAAAAAAUACUGGUUUCCCGUAUUGAUAGAAACGAUGACGUCACAGUAGCUAGUCUCACACAAAAUAUAUUAAAUAAUGUUUGGCCGGUAACUUGCCUUAAUUUUUGGCAUACUUGUUCGUAAAAAAUAAUAGAUCCUUCCACGGUUUUUGCAACUAUUGACGUGGAACAGUUAGCAAAAAUCCGGCAUUACCACUGUAUCUUGUAUCUUGCACCUAUCCCGUAGUCAUGGUGACCGUUGGGGCGCCACAGACCGCUAUUGGCCCUUUCCCUCCACUUGAUUUUGUUUUCAGAUUCUCUUAGGGCCUCGCAAAACUUCAACCCUGUCCACUUAGAGAUGUUAUUCUCCCAUCGCUUCAUUUGUCGGCCUCUUGUUCUCUUUCCUUGCCCUGUUCCUUGUAAAAUUGUUUUGGCAAGCCCUGUGGAGGUACCACUGUAAAGAACGCCAAAAAAUUUGCAAAGUUUGAGAGUGAUUUAUUGAAAACUAACGACGUUUUAACUCCGCAAAGACGCGAAAUUUUACAGACGUUUGUGAGAUGGGUGAAAGGAGGAGAAAGUUCGUGAUCCCACCACCCAAAUUAGCCAGCUGCACAAUUGUGGCCCAAGAGUUGCUAUGAAUUGGCUGUACAAAGGCUACCUAAUAUGAGUAUUUAUUAUUGUUUGCAGGAACGUCGGUGUAAGAUGGACUUUCAUGUUCAAAAAAACAGCUCUGUGCACCUGUUCGAUGCAUGUUGCCAGCUUCAAGCGUUAAAACAAAAAGUAAGUGAUUAUGGGAAUCUAGAGCAACGCGUAGGAAGAUUGGAAGCGGAAAAAUUGUCUAUGAAACGUUCUUUGGACACGUGCAAUCAAGAGAUUCGGGGAUUGAGAGCGACAGAAAGAGAGCAGAAGAAAAAACUCUCACAAGUGGAACAUCAAUUGGCAGAGUUAUGCAAAGAGAAAAAGAAAACCCAGUUGCUGGAAAAACGUGUUGAAGAAAUGCAGAGCCGAUUUCAGGCUAUGGGAAAUGCCCUUGGCUUGAGUGAUGGGAAAGGACAUAGUAAAAAGCCAGAAGUUAAAAAGAGAAAGGUUGAAGAGAAGGUAACAUAAACUUUCAUUACUUUGUUUGUUUUUACUAAUCCCUCACAGUAAUGGAGAGGAAAAGUCGUUACGUCACGUUGCCAUGGUAACAAAAUUUCUGGAUGACCACAAACCGAAAACGGCACUUAAAAAGUGAAUUCGCACUGUUUCAAACUUCAUCGAUCUUAUUCAAUUCCAUUUCUAAAUUAAGAUUUGUAACAUCUUGGCGAAAUUGUCGGGGUUGAAUCCGAAAGAACCGUAUCUGAGUUGAGAAAAAGGAAAAUAAAAUUUUUGUGCUUUGUUCACCAACUCCAUAAAGCGGGCGCGUUAGUUUCAAGUCGCAGACUUGCAAAGACGGCUAAGAAGUGUAAAAAAAAGUGUGAUGCACUUGCAAAGUUGUUGUUUUGCUAAUAUAAACCGAUUUUUUUUUGCUGUUCUCGUUGCCGUCGCCGUCGUUUUUGCUAAAGCUCCCCAUUGUCAUGAUCUAAAAAUGUUGCUACCAUGGUAACGUGACGUCAGACUUCUCCUCUCUAUAAGCAAGCUAGCUUAAUCAAAGUACUUGAACCGUCACAAUGUUGCGUUGAAGACACUUUUCUUCGAAAUAUGUAGACCUUAAAUUGGUAGACUCUGUUCCCCCCAUGGUACUCGCCAGUAACACCUUAACUAAUGUGCGAGACACCUGAUGCGCAAGCCUAUUCAUGGAAUGUUCCGGUUCACAUUGACCAUGCCUGCGUUAAGGCUAACGGAGUGGAUGCGCGGUUUUUGGACCAAAAAGGAAAGAAAGUCUGGGCAGUUGAAAUGAGUUAUCCGUGCCGUGGGUGGAGGAUAGCGGAAAGAGGAAUGAGGAGAAGACAGCCAAGUACGGUCCUCUGCGGUGUGAGUUGA